ACUGUUUUCUUUUAUGUGACGUGCGUUUAGUGAAAAUACCGAAAUGGGGCCUCCGAAGUUAAAAUCGCAGGAGAAAGGCGAGAAGGCGCCGUCGCCCUUCAAGGAACCGGAAGGGAUGAUUAACGUGGACUUAAACUGUGGCGAAUAUAACAUUCCCGAUUUAAAAAAGAAGCAUAUUUGUGAACCAAGAAAACCUAAAAAAAUGAAUGUAUCAAAAUUAAUCGUAUACCUUCUGGGAAUUGCGGCGUUGGGUGUUAUGGCAUUUAUGGUUGCAGUACUCAUAAAUAAAGAAUACAAAGUUUAUCAUGAUAACCAUUUAGAAUCAAAGUUAGUGGUAGAUAAAACAGCCACUACUAGUACCACAGAACUGCCCAGACAUGAAAACCUUUUUCGAAAAGGUGUUAAUAAAUUUUUAAAAGCUAUAGAUGGGAGCAACAAGUGGAUUAGCAAAAAAAUAUUCCAAAUAAGAGUGGAAAAUGUGACAGAUAAUGAAGUGAAAACAGAAAAACUAAUAGCUAAGAACACAUUCAAAGAAAAACUAAAAACGAAGGCCCAUAUAUUAAACGAUUUUGAAAUUAAACUGUCACUAUGUAGAAUAACACAAAGUUUGGAAGAUUGCUGUGACAUUUUUUCCAGCACCGAACUGUACAAUAUAAUCGAACUUUGCACAGUUGCUGACGUCCUUGAUGUUUUGAUAGAUGCAGAGGAGAAUGGGAGUCGGUUUAAAAGAAAUGCACAAUAUUAUCCAGAACCUCUUCCGCCACAAUACGGAAAUUUGUAUGGAGUAGACUACUCUAAUUUUGAAAAUCCAAGUAAUGAAUACGAUGAGCAGUACCCUGAAAUGCCUCCCAAUGUUCAAUAUGAGUUUCACGAUUAUCCUCAAGGAAUUGAAUAUGGGCAACAACUGCCACCUCCACAUCCUCUUCAAGAGCCACCUCAAGAGAUGCCCUACCAACAACCUCAGCAAGAACACCACGAAAAUCCUCCUCCAGUUCAAAAUUUACCCUAUAUUAAUCCAAGCUAUCAAAAUAAUCAAAAUUUACCGAAUUAUUUACCCUAUCCUGUUAAACAGGAAGAAAAGAAUGAGAAUGUUUAUCGUAUGUCCCAGGUCUCAAGCGAUCCAAAUCCAAUAGAUAGGUUGGAUCUCUUUACCAUAACUGAAAAUAAUGAUGACUUAAAAUUGCAACAAACACUUGAUACAAGUGAACCAAGCAAUAAAAAAAUAGUUUCUAAAGAAGAUAAAGAUUCAAUGGUACAACAAAAAUUAAGUAUAAGUCCAAAUAACCUUGCUGAAGAAUCGACUGCUUCAUCUAAAGGAGACGUAGUUAUAAACGAUGAUAAGUUAGGUUCUAGUGAGAAGAGUGAUGCUGACAAAAGAAAAAAUUAUGAAAUCAUUGAAGAUGAAAUUCUGAAAACUGAAAAUAAUGAGGCUACUACAGAAAAUCCUAGUGCUUUAAACAAAGAUUUAAAUUCAAAUAAUAGGGAGUCCUCACAAGAUUUCACCGUAAUUAGAGCAGACCAAACAAAUCAAGACUUCAGACCCAAGUCCAAACUGAACACCUUCGCCAGCGAAGACGUCCAAAGCAACCAGCAAACCAUGGUGAACCCAUGUUUCUACCCCUACGCCCAACCGUAUCCAUUCAGACAAGCCUAUCCGUUCGACGGCAGCCAAAUGUUGAAGGUGGUACCAGUAACCCAGGCGAAACAGCCACAAAUACAACAACCAGUUUUGAUAAUGAAUCCACCCAUGUAUUCAUUCGUGCCCGCUCAAUCGCCCUACAUGCAAAGUUAUACUUCUCAGAUGUCACAGGUGGCCAACAGUCCUUACGCCACAGUCCAAGCUUCGGGACCAAACGGGCAGUACUACAUGUGUGCCCCCAUUCCGGCCCCUUCAAACAACGUACCCAAUGUCGCUGGCUUGCCUGGCGUCGAAGUCAGAACCACCGAUGAGAUUUCACCUAACUUCCAGGAUUUAAUGGAACGAGUUGGAAACGUUGAAGAAAAAAGGAACACCACAAGAGAAGCCAUGGACUGUCCAGUAGGCGAAAGAAGUUGCACAGAUGACAGCAAAUGUAUUAAAGAACAACAAUUUUGCGACAACGAAGUUAACUGUGACGAUGGAAGUGACGAGAUGUUUUGUUCUUGUAAACAAAGAAUUGGGGCUGUCCGUUUGUGUGAUGGUUAUGUAGAUUGCCCGAACGGUGAAGACGAACUUGGCUGCUUUGGAUGUAAAGAGAACGAGUUCAGUUGCGACGACUGGUCCAGAUUCAGAAGGAGCACGUGCAUACCGAUCGAACAGCGCUGCGACAACAUAAGGCAAUGCGAAGUAACUGGCAAAGACGAAGAGGACUGCUCCAUCCUGAUUGACGUAAUCGGAACCGAAACUCAAUAUAAAAUUUCAAAUGCGGUUGGAUUCCUACACAGGAAUUACAAGGGCAAAUGGUAUCCCACUUGUUUUGGAACGGAUAUUUGGGCGAUUGAUGUCUGCGAUAUUGAAGCUGGACCCAGCACAAUAAAUCCUCGGUCACACAUGAUGCUGCGUGCCAACACCUACAACGGCGAGUUCAUCAACAUCCUCCCCAACAACGAGGUGGCCCUCGUCCCGUCCUGCGUCCAGGACCGUGCGGCCUUUGUUGAAUGUCCCCCGUUAUUCUGCGGCCUCCGAAUGAUCAUCCGCAACCCCUAUCGCGCCGAAGAAGUGGACACCGACGCCGAGGAGAUGCUUGACAAGUUCGAACGCGAGGGCCGACUCGGCGAGCCGCAUCACUCAGACGAGAGCACCGAGGAUGAAACGGCGUUUAUGCACCAGAACGAAACAGAUGCGAAGCUUGGAAUUAGCAGGGUCGUCGGAGGGAAACCCAGUCAACCUGGCGCCUGGCCUUGGCUUGUUUCAAUAUUCCGAAACGGGGUGUUUCAUUGCGGUGGAGUUAUCAUCAAUGAACUGUGGGUCCUUACAGCCGCACAUUGUGUUGACAGAUAUUGGCAAUAUUACUACGAAAUCCAGGCUGGAAUGCUGCGUCGCUUCUCCUUUUCCCCCAUGGAGCAGAGCCGAUGGGCGGCGGUGGCCGUCCCCCACGAGCAUUACGACAAAUCCACUUUAUCCGACGAUAUCGCUCUGAUGAAGUUAUCGUCGCCUGUUAGAUACAACAGAUACGUACGACCGAUUUGCCUUCCAUCGGAGACCACAGCGGGACGGGAUUAUUUACAGGGACCGGCACCCGGCACAAUUUGCACCACCGUAGGCUGGGGAGCCACCGUCGAGCAUGGAACUGAUCCCGACCAUAUGAGAGAAGUGGAAGUGCCCGUAUUAAGUCAAUGCAAACAUCGCGAAGACGAGGCCGGAGAUGAAAUUUGUGCGGGACUUCGCGAAGGAGGCAAAGACGCCUGUCAAGGCGACAGCGGAGGUCCGUUCAUGUGCAGAAAUCCCAAUAACCCCAGCCAGUGGUAUUUGGCCGGCAUCGUGAGCCAUGGGGAAGGAUGCGCCAGACCCGACGAACCCGGUGUUUAUACCAAAGUCAGCAAGUACAUUGCUUGGAUCACCGAAAAUACCAGGGAAGACAAAUUUUUAAUACGUGUCCCUCUGCAAGCUUGUCCUGGUUACGUUUGUAAGGGUAUUAAAACUUGUCUACCGAAGAAAAGACGUUGCGAUAGAAUUGUUGAUUGUCUCUUGGGUGAUGAUGAAACUGAAUGUGAGAAUAUGUUCCACAACAUUUUCAAAAAUGCCAACAGGUUCAAUGGCAUGCGAUUGGGACAAGCUCUUAACGACUCAAAAAUUAUUGUGAAUGGUACUGAAAAAGAAGGACCAAAACCUAACAAUUUAUUGUUAAAUAAUAGUUCAAAUACUGACAACCAGACCACUACUGAAACACCUCUAGUUACCAUUGAAAACGAAACCACUUCUGAAACUCCUUCAGUUACCAUUGAAAACCAGACCACUUCUGAAACUCCUUCAGUUACCAUUGAGAACCAGACCACUUCUGAAACUCCUUCGGUUACCAUUGAGAACCAGACCACUACAGGAACUCCUUUAGUUACCACUGAAAACCACACCACUAGUGAAACUCCUUUAGUUACCACUGUAAUUCCGGAAUUGAAGGGAGAUGAGAAAAUUGAUGAAAUUCAGAAAAUACCUUCGAUUACAACUGAAACUCCACAAUUACAUAAUGAAGCUAAGAACAAUGCGUCCCAUUCUGCAAUUAAAGAACAAGAUAAAUCGAAUAUUGUACAUAUUCAAACCUUACCUACAAAUUUAAACGACACAAAAGCCAAUUAUGUAACUGAUGUUAACAACACUAAAUCCGAUCAUAAAGCAGAUUUUCUCCCAAUUCAUAAAAACACUACAGAGUUAAAUAAAGAUAACACAUUUAAUUACACAAUUAUCCCAUUAGAAUUCGAUUAUGGUGAUAUAAAUAACCCAUUAAGUGAUGACUCAGAACCAUCGGAAGAGCAACCAGAAAAUUUUAUUGAAUCUUUCGUAAACGGCUUGGUUCCAACCAUAGUCAAUUUUGGAGAUAUGGCCAACAAAUUAAAUCCUUUAAAACCAAAUCUAAAAAAUCUAAAUAAAAACUCGUAUUCGACGAUCCAAAACGGAGAACUUUCGAAGCAGGAACGCAGGAAAAUAUUGGACCAUUUCAAGGAAGUCCUUAAAAAUGCAUCUGAACAUUCACAACACAUAAAAAAUGAAGAACAAAAGGAGAACCUCGAAGUUUUUAAAGUCUUGGCCAAUGGAAGAGGCAACAAAGAGUCUGACAAUGAAGAAAACGGUAAUGUCUUUAAACAUUUAAGCAGUUUACUUCAACCAAUCACGGAAACUACCACCGAGAAAGGUCCUGAGGAACCCCCAAAAGUGUUGCACGACUUUAUUGAUGUGUUAAAGAAUGUCACCAGCCCAGAAGUUAAUUCCAAAGUUGAUGAAUCAAGGAAGUUGCCUCCGAUAUACCAGUCAGGCUUUUUUAAAUGUACCAAAAUGUUGCAGAUAAUUCCAGCCAAGGAUCGAUGUAACAAAGUACGAGACUGCGAGGAUGGAACGGAUGAGGAAGGAUGUCGAUGUGCAGACUACAUAAAAAACCAAAACGCAAAGACCAUUUGCGAUGGAAUUACAGAUUGCUUCGAUAUGUCAGACGAAGAUAAUUGCUCGAAUUGCACUGCUGGAGAGUUUUAUUGUAGAUUUUCGAGGCAGUGUAUAGCUUUAUCAAAAAACUGCGAUGGAAAGAAGGAUUGUGUCUUAAACGACGACGAACGAGAUUGCGAGGCUCUUACUAAUGGGAAAACAUUAUUCCUGGACAGAGACACCCGACCCAAACUGACAAAGUCCGGCUUAAUUACGGUAAAUCGUUUCGGCGUUUGGCGUCCGAUGUGCAUCAAUUCGACGCAUAACGAGGCAUCAGUGGCGACGAGUAUGUGCAAUUCGUUGGGUUUUGAAGAGUACACCGCGUUUCAGAAGUAUCCGGCUUACGAUAAGCCCGUCCGCAUCGUUCAGGAAGGAACUGGACAAAAGGAAAUUGUCGGACACAAUAACGGUUCGAGGACGUGCGAAGGACUGUUCGUGGUUUGUUCGAACGUCUCCAUCGACAGUGUUGUACACACCGUUUUACAGAAGAAUGAAGUCAAAGAUGUGGAGAUGUACACUUCACCGUGGAACGCAGUUAUUUACUCCGAUGGUGUUUAUACAUGUAUGGGCACCAUCUUGGGGGUUCGGUGGGUUGUCACUUCAAUGAACUGUUUCCAAGGAGUCACAGCGUUGAGCCACCACUACGUUACAGUUUUGUUAGGCAAAGGCAAAACCAACUUGCACGUCGAAGGCCCUCACGAGCAAAUUCUACAAGUGGUCGAAUUAAUUCAGAUCCCCGACACCGACGUAAUUCUGUUGCGACUCAAAACCAAAAUCUCCUUCAACAGAUACGUGAAACCGGCCCAUUUCGACAUACGACGCGACAGAAUACAGACGGAGAAAUGCGUCGCCGUGGGACUGGAGAACGGCAAAGCCGAAUACGUGUCCCUGCACUCGGUGAAAAACUGUCCGGAAAAGAAGCGGUGCUUCGAAAGCAAAAUCACCCCCUGCACGGAAAUGUCCCCGUGGAGCGGAACCGUCGUCUGCGACUCGAGGAACGGCUGGUAUCCCGCCGCCGUAUUCACCGACAACCGGGGCAAAUGCGGCUUGUCCAAAAUCACCGAAUUCACCAGCAUCAAUUAUAUCAAAAACAAGAUCAAAGAAGCUAUGACACGCGCGGAAUUCGUGUCCAAACCUCCGAUUUGUCACGGCUUCCGAUGCGACCUGGGCCAAUGUUUGCCUGCUAAUAAAUCCUGCGACGGAAUUCCUGAUUGUAGAGGUGGCGAAGACGAGAAUCCGCAGUUGUGCUACUUAAAGGAGACGCAGUGCCAUCUCGCAGACAAGUGCGAUUGUGCUCCUGACCAAAUUAAAUGCAAAAACCGCAAGUGCAUUCCCAAAUCAGCCUUUUGUGACAGAGUGAACGACUGCGGCGACUAUGAGGACGAACCGGACGUCUGCUCCUGCAGGAACUACCUUAAGCUAUCCCAUCCGGAAAGAAUUUGCGACGGAAUACUCCACUGCAAGGACCGGAGCGACGAAGAUCCACUGCAAUGUCCUUGCUCCGAAAACAAAUUCAAAUGCCUCAAGUCUUCACGUUGUGUGUCUCACGACGUUAUUUGCGAUGGCGUAAUUGAUUGUCCUGACGGGGAAGAUGAAGAACAGUGCUACAAGAUUGAACUUUUGAACAAAAAAGAUAAUGCAGGUGAGGUAAUAUCCUGCACGUCAGGAGAAUGGCAUCCUGGUUGUUUUACAGAGAACCCUUCACCCACUGAACUGAAACAAAUCUGCAUGGAUUUAGGCUUCAGGAAGGGUGCGGCUAUGAAACUUCCAACUCCCAGUACCGCCAAUAAUGUGACAAGUUCGCGUCCUGUAAUAGAUCCUUUCAACGUGGUGUGGAUUAACAAGAACGUCGGUAACAAAUUACGUUUGGGAAUGAGAACAGGAAACGAACCUUAUGUCAGUUUUCAACCAGGAAGUGAUUGCUAUAGGCUGUUUAUUGAGUGUCUGUAAAAAAGCUUUGUACAAAUAAACUUAUUGUAAAUCUCA